GAGGGGCGACUCCGUAACCCCCUCUGCCCACUUGUGGAGAUCCUGCUCCUUCCGAAGCAGGCGGGGCGUGUGAAAGAUUUCAUGCAAUCCUUGUGUACGCGCGGCAUCCCAGAUUACAUUUCUCUGCUGAGAUUUGAGUUGGAGUUGAGAAUUUGGAGAAUUCCUACAGUUUCUCACUUCAGAGGUGUGAUCCGCUGAAAAAUUCAUCCUUUUGAAGAGUUCUGCGUUCUGCCAGUCACCUCUCACAACUGUGUGCCAAAGAAGGACUCCAUGAAAGAUGACAGAAGAAGUCAUUGUGAUAGCCAAGUGGGACUACACGGCCCAGCAGGACCAGGAGCUGGACAUCAAGAAGAACGAGCGCCUGUGGCUGCUGGACGACUCCAAGACGUGGUGGCGGGUGAGGAACGCGGCCAACAGGACGGGCUACGUGCCGUCCAACUACGUGGAGCGGAAGAACAGCCUGAAGAAGGGCUCCCUGGUGAAGAACCUGAAGGACACGCUGGCCUAGUGACUUCUCCGUGUCUCUCAAAGCGUCAGGGAAGAACAAACACUUCAAGGUGCAGCUUGUGGACAAUGUCUACUGCAUUGGGCAGAGGCGGUUCCACACCAUGGACGAGCUGGUGGAACACUACAAGAAGGCGCCCAUCUUCACCAGCGAGCAUGGGGAGAAGCUCUACCUCGUCAGAGCCCUGCAGUGACACCAGGCCACCAGCCCCAGGCCCUCAGGGCCACCACGCUCCCCCAGAGCCGGGGGCCCAGGGCAGCAGCCACGUGCCACGCUCGGCAGGGGCCGUGCCCACCGGGUGCGGCCUGACGGGCUUCCUCUGCCCAGCCUCUCUUUCUGUUCAGGCCGCUGGUCGCUCCGGUCCCCACCAGCCCUCCAGGCCCUCACACCCACACUCAGGCCCAGCCAGGCUGAGCGCAAGGGUAGGGGGCGAGGGUGAGGCUGUUCCCUUGCUCCAUUUCGGUCGGAAACAGUGCUUGUCCGCCCACAUCGUCCAUGCUCAUGGAACACCUGGGACGAGCACCCCAAAGCUGCCGUCGCAUGGAGGGGCGCGCUCCAGCGCACUCCCAAGGUGGCGCCCCGGGCUCCCGGCUCCUCAGCGUGCCAGGCGGUGGACGCAGCGGCCCCGGUCCCAGCAGCCCUCAUCCCUGUUCCGUGUCCUUCGGCAGCUCUCAGACUCUGCAGGGAGUGACCGCGGGCACUGAUAGCAAUACUGGACCCACCGGGUGAGAGGGCGGUGAGGACCCUGCCCAGUGCCUUGGGGCUGUGCUUGCAAUAAAGAGAGAGUUUCCGGAAGUCAGUCUGCAAAGAGGGAACUGGUGACCCAGCA